AUGCGGCCUCCAAGCUCAAUCCUCCCCCUAGGACACUAUGAUACUAUCUACGCGCUGUCAACAGCACCUGGGCGAGCAGCAAUUGCUAUCAUCCGGAUUUCUGGAGCUGGCUGGUGGGAUAUAUACCAAGCAUUAUGCCCCAAUCGGCCUCCUCCCACACCUCGAAAGGCGACUCUACGAGACCUCUUGGAUCCGUCUGACACGAACAACAUCCUCGACUCAGCUCUCGUCUUCCACUUCCCAGCCCCAAAAACUGUGACGGGAGAAGACAUCUUGGAACUACAUAUACACGGCGGUCACGCAACUGUGAAGGCUGUUUUGGCAGCAAUUGGCCAAUGCCGAUCAAAACACACCAUCCGCUAUGCAGACGCCGGCGAGUUUACACGGCGAGCAUUCCAGAAUGACAGAUUGGACUUGGGACAAGUCGAAGCACUGGGCGAUGCUCUCUCCGCAGAAACCGAACAACAACGACGCGCAGCCAUGCGAGGGAAUUCUGGAAAGCUGGGGAGAAUAUAUGAGGAAUGGAGACAGCUUCUCCUUGCGGCGCGUGGGGAGCUGGAGGCGCUGAUCGAUUUCUCCGAGGAUCAGCAUUUUGACGAGUCGCCGGCGGAGUUGGUGAGGAAUGUUACGAGCCAGAUUGGACCUAUCCUUGAGGCGAUCAGGCGGCAUCAGAAGGGAAGCAGGUAUGGAGAGCUGUUGAAGAGGGGUAUUCGGAUUUCGUUGCUUGGGCCUCCGAAUGCGGGGAAGAGCUCGUUGUUGAAUAUUAUUGUUGAUCGGGAGGCUUCGAUUGUUAGUGAGGAGGCUGGUACGACGAGGGAUAUUGUGGAGGUUAGUGUUGAUAUUGGGGGCUAUUUGUGUGUUUUUGCCGAUACGGCUGGGUUACGGUCGUCGAGCUCUAUCGGUGGUGUCGAGCAGGAGGGCAUACGGCGUGCGAAGGCGAAGGCGAAAGACUCGGACUUGGUCAUAGUUCUUGCAUCCGUUGAACCGUCGGACUCUUCAAACUCGUCAAUCUACCAACUUGCGUCAGGACAUUCAGGAUUGUCAACCUUCUGCGACCUCGAAAGUCUCAAAAUCGCAGCAGAAGCCGAGCAAGCUAUUGUCGUCGUCAACAAAUGCGACUCAACUCGCGACCUGGGCACACAACUUGAAUAUACCAAAACCAAAAUAGACAAUCUACUCCCAGGCAGAUCCCCAGCUGUGGUCUCAAUCUCCUGUCGAGACGCAGAACAAUCGGGAGGACUCGAUCCUGGAAACAUCGGCGCCCUCCUCGACAUCCUACAGACCACAUUCGGGAUAAUGACAAACGUAGGGGACGAUCUGGACCUCCUCGGUGUCUCAGAGCGACAAAGCCAACUUCUAUCCACUUGUACCGAAUGCUUUGAACGAUUCAAAGAUGAAGCUCUUCAAGGCGAGGAAUGCGACAUUGUGGUUGCCGCCGAGCACCUGCGAGCAGCCGCUGCCUGCCUAGCCCGGAUCACAGGACGGGGCGAAGCAGGAGAUGUCGAGGAAGUCUUAGGCAUCGUAUUCGAGAAAUUCUGCGUUGGAAAGUGA